CUGAAAGGGGAUUUUUGCUGUAUCUUUGGCUCAGGGGACAGCCUUGUAGCUGCAAUAGUGUGCAGCUGCAGCCCGCAAUUCGGGGUGUUCCUGCAUGUGGCCACCCAUGAGCAUCCAAUUGGUUCCUGGAUAAAUGCCCCCUCCUCGAUGUCUUCAUGCAUAUGACACUUUUGAAUGUGGAGUCAAAAGGAAAGUACAAGUAUUAUAGGCCUCAGGGUGUGUUUGCCACCUCUGUGUGAGCAAACAAUGACGGAGGACAGGCUGAAGGCGGACCCCUCCAAGCGGGAGGGGCUGGACUCAGUAGAGGGAGACACAGAGCCCAGCCUGCUGCUGCAGAAACUAAAGAGCAACAUCUCUAAGAAUGUACAGGGCAAAGUGGACGUUAUCCUGCAAGAUGUGCAGCGCUUCUCUGACAACGACAAACUCUACCUUUACCUCCAGCUGCCUUCUGGUCCCAGUUCAGGGGAGAAAAGUCUGGCAAUGGCCCCGCUGGCACAACUUAGGCGGUGGUGUAUUUCUGCAUCGAUGUCAGCUUUGGAGGAGAGAACACUGCCAAGCAGCAGCAGUGACCCCAGCUCCUUCAACACAGCUGACCAGCUGCACACCUGCAACUGGAUCCGCAGCCACCUGGAGGAGCACGUAGACACCUGCCUGCCCAAGCAAGACGUCUACGAGACAUACAAGAGAUACUGUGAAAACCUGCAGCACCGGCCUCUGAGUGCUGCCAAUUUUGGGAAGAUCAUCCGUGACAUCUUCCCCAACAUCAAAGCCCGGAGGCUCGGUGGCAGGGGACAAUCCAAGUAUUGUUAUAGUGGAAUCCGCAGGAAGACGGUGCUAAACAUGCCACUGUUGCCAAACCUGGACCUGAAGAACGACCCAUCGGAGCUGACGGAGCUGGUGCAGACCUACAAGCAAGAGGUGACGGAGGCGGCUUGUGAGCUCAUCUGUGAUUGGGCCCAGAAGAUCCUCAAGCGUUCCUUUGACACAGUGGUCGAGAUCGCCCGUUUUCUUGUGCAGGAGCACAUCGUCAAUCCGCGCUGCAGCCAGGCUGAACUUGUCACUUCUGCCGCUAUGGCAGGAGGUCCUGCAAAGCCCCACAAGGUGAUCAAGAAGAACCCAGUACCAUCCAAAGGAGGUGGGCCAGAGACGGAAGGGAGCGGCUCUGAAGCUAAGGUAAGGGAUAAAGACGUUGGGGAUCAGUCGUUGCCAGGUAAACUGCAGUCCAGUGACAAGCCUAUGAAAGGGGCGGAGUCGGUACGCCCGGGGGGUCGCGAAUUACAGGUGGAGGCUCUGAUGAAACACUUGCCCCGAAUCCUGCCUCGCAGCUCUGUCCCGGAAAAGUCCCAGCUUUCGGUGCGCUCCUCGCCUCCCUCGCUGGCGCCCAAAGACGCAGGCGGCAUGAAAGUCAUCACAAUGACUGCCCUGCCCCAGCAGCAAGGGGGCGCUCUCCCCGUCAUGAUCCUCCCCCAGAGCGUCAGCCUCUCCUACCCCGACAGGGAAAAAGCCCCGUCAAUCACUAUGGCGCCCGUGGCACCAACGUCGGUGGUGCAGAGGGCUCGCGCAGCGGGCAAACGGGCCCCCGAGGCAGCAAGUGGGGGCCCCGGGCCGGGAGGCACGCCGGCCAAACGGAAACGAGGACGACCCAGGAAGCCACGGCCAGAGGACACCACCCCCCCGCAGCCGCCCCCUCCACCCUUACCCUCGGUCAACCAAGCCCCUAUUAUGAAUUCCCUCACCGGAGGGGUGAUCCAGAAAGCCUGCUCUUCCUCCUCCUCCCAGGUGGUGGAGGUCGUAUUCCAGGACCAGCAGGCCUUGGUACUAGGUCAGUUGCAUUCGGUAGCGGACACAGGUGACCCAGAGCACCGGGGCAUGGUGCUCGAGACUGACCCACGGCCCGUGCUGCUGCUGUCAGGGGCCAGUCACACAAACUGGGACAUGGGCAGGGCCAUGGUAGAGGUCAUCCAGAGGGCCCCGAGACCACCCACCAUCAUCACCAAGAACAACAACUCCCAGUCUACCCCCCAGCACCGCCUGCCCCUGCCCACUGUGCUGGAGGAUCGAGGGGAGGUGGAGAUCACCCUCACCCCCGUGGAGCCUUCGGACGAUCUGCCGACCCCCACUGGCCAGGCUAGCUCGACCCCCACUGCCCAGGCUAGCUCGGAGGGUGGCCCCACACCCGAUGACAGCUCUAAAGAACCUAGCCCUGGCCUUCCUUGUCCCAGAGACUAAGGAGCACUAAGGGACUUUAUACUACCCUUAGGGGGAGGAUAACCACCCCCAAUCAUCUUCUCCCAGGUAGCGUCUUCUCCCCGAUUGGUGGAAAUCCAAGAUUGGUAGCGCAGAGAGCCAAGAAGGAUCGAUGAAGCCUAAACACUAUUAAUCCCUGUUGACCUUCCGUUUAUAAAACUCUUUGCUGUGACUCUAACUGCAUGUUUGUCUUUGUAAUUGUGAGCAGAGAGAGCGAUAAAGGCGGUUCCAUAGUUCUUAUGACGAGAGGGGGGGGGGUAUUUACGGGUUCGGACCUUUUAAGGUAUUAAGUGCUACUCUCCCUGAGAGGAACUCCCCUCAGUGUUUAUUUUCUUUUAAUAAUAUACAGUUGAAAUCUGAAGUUUACAUACACCUUAGCCAAAUACAUUUAAACUCCGUUUUUCAUCAUUCCUGGCAUGUAAUCCUAGUAAAACUUCCCUGUCUUUGGUCAAGUAGGAUCACCACUUUAUUUUAAGAAUGUGAAAUGUCAGAAUAACAUUUGAUUUAUUUCAGCUUUUAUUUCACAUUCCCAGUGAGUCAGAAAUUUACAUACACUCAAUUAGUAUUUGGUAGCAUUGCCUUUAAAUUGUUUAACUUGGUUCAAACGUUUCGGGUAGCCUUCCACAAGCUUCCCACAGUAAUUUGGGUGAAUUUUGGCCCAUUCCUCUUGACAGAGCUGGUGUAACUGAGUCAGGUUUGUAGGCCUCCUUGUUCGCACACGCUUUUUCAGUUCUGCCCACAAAUUUUCUAUAAGAUUGAGGUCAGGGCUUUGUGAUGGCCACUCCAAUACCUUGACUUUGUUGUCCUUAAGCCAUUUUGUGCCACCCCUGUGCUUCACAGUUGGGAUGGUGUUCUUCGGCUUUCAAGCUUCCCCCUUUUUCCUCCAAACAUAACGAUGACUCAUUAUAGCCAAACAGUUCUAUUUUUCUUUCAUCAGACCAGAGGACAUUUCUCCAAAAACCGUUGUCUGGCUUUUUAAUGGCGGUUUUGGAGCAGUGGCUUCUUCCUUGCUGAGUGGCCUUUCAGGUUAUGUCGAUAUAGGACUUGUUUUACUGUGGAUAUAGAUACUUUUGCACUUGUUUCCUCCAGCAUCUUCACAAAGUUGUUUGCUGCUGUUCUGGUAUUGAUUCGCACCAAAGUGCGUUCAUCUCUAGGAGACAGAACGUGUCUACUUCCUGAGAGGUAUGACGGAUGCAUGGUCCCAUGGUGUUUAUAUAGAUGAACGUGGUACCUUCAGGCGUUUGGAAAUUGCUCCCAAGGAUGAACCAGACUUGAUUUAUAAGCGAAAUAAUCUGUCCGUAAACAAUUGUUGGAAACAUUACUUGUGUCAUGCACAAAGUAGAUGUCCUAACCGACUUGCCGUAACUAUAGUUUGUUAACAAGAAAUUUGUGGAGUGGUUGAAAAACGAGUUUUAAUGACUCCAACCUAAGUGUAUGUAAACUUCCGACUGUAUAUCUUUGGUUGUGUUAUGUUAAUGUUUGUAGUUGUGCUUUCAAAUAGACUUCCAGAGUAAAGGAGAAUGCAUGACUCGCUGCUGGUGGAGCUGCAUUUAAAUGAUGCCCCCCUCAAGCAUCAGAACUGGGUCUGCCACAGUGUUGUAAAUAAUUGUGUGACAAGAUUGUGAGUUUGCCCCCUCCCCCUUCUCCAAAUCCAUUAAAUUGGAGUGUGACAACGCGAGCACUUACCAGGUCGUCAUGCCAAUAUUACAGCACUUCCUGUUAGCGAUUUAGCAUAGAUUACGAAACGUAGACACCAUAUAGGCUAGACUAUGACAAACAGUCAUUAAAUAUGCCUAUUUUGAACUUGCAUCACCUCGGGCGAAAGCGUCAAAGCACAAACCUGUGAGCCUAGUGUAAAACCUUGAGCGCGGCAAAGAGACAUAAUGAAAUAUUAGCGCAGAUUUAGAAAAUCAUUUAGCCUGAUGCUAAGCUAAUGCAGGAUGCCAAGCCCUUUUUUUUAAUAAGUUAUGGAUGUUGUACCUUAGUCCUAGAGUGUAUAAAUAUUAUAUACAUUUUACAUUUUCAAACUGUCUGGCAGAGACAACUAUUUUUAGUCACCCUUUGCCAAACUUUCAGCCUCUGGCUUUGCCUAGGGGUGCAUACAUCUUUGGUGCUGAACUGAGGCAUAUUGCUAUACAUAGCAGUACAUGAUAAUGUAAGAUAUUGAUACCCUUCAAUCCAAACCCAGCAUAUCAUCCAAAGUAUCAUCAACCUUAAAUAGGCUGGUUUUGUGUUUUUUAUACCUUUGUCCUUUGACAAUGGGCGAUUUCAAUUUGUAAUCCCCAGCCUCAGCCCUUUUGGAAUUAAAUUGAAGCAGACAACAAGAAUAUUUGCACUGAUAUGAAGAAAUCAAAAAGGGAAGAGCCUGUUGGUUAGAACAUAUAAUAGUAGUGAUUACUAGGAAUUAAAACAAUGAUUAAAAACCUGCUAUAUGCUUGAGGUAGUUUUAGAUGAGGCUAUGUUAGCUUUAUUUUUCAUUAGAGUUGAUGGUGAAAUUUGACUGAAUUGAGAAUGAGCACUACGGAAUUAGACUUUAUUAUUAGCCUAUGCCAUGUUAUUGUCCUUCUGUAAACUAUGGGCUUAUGAAGAGAGAAACUUUAUGUAAAUUCAUGAUGCAUUCAUUUGGUACUGUAUUGGUGAGGACACAAGUUUGUCUACACACUACACUAUUUCCUGGGAAAACAGGGAUUCCCUAUGUCUGUCUUAAUAGAUUUUCUCCCCAACCAGUAUGUAGUACAAGGGUGACCAACCAUAUACAUACAUGUGGCCAACCUUCUUGCUUGCAGGCUUUUGUCCCAGCCCUGUUCUUACACACCUGAUUCUAUUCUACUAAUCAGCUACUCAUGAUUAGGUAAAUCAGUUGUGUUAGAGCAGAGCUGGAAUGAAAUCCUGCAGUGCAUACCUUGUAGCUGUGAGGAGGGUUGGCCACCCCUGAUCUAGUAUAUUCUAUUGGUCUGUUAAUUGUGUAAUUACAUGUGCAUAGUUAUAGUAACUCAACUUAUCCUCGUUGAUGACAUUGGAGUAUGAGCUAGCAAUGAUCUCAGAGUUGUAUUAGUCAAUUGACAGAUCAAGUUAAUAUCAGUAAGAGGUGGGUUUUACUUUGAAUGAAAACUACUGAUAAACUGGAGGCCCAGGGGACAGGUCCUUUAGUGUGCAGUUAAAUGAGUGUUGCAGUAAGUGAAUGAGUGAGUGGGAGAACUUUUUCACUGUGGAGCCACGGUGCUCAAAAGAAACGGGUUAGAGAAUCAAAGAUAAGGAUCGGGAUCCGGGUAGCAGAGCCUUGACCAUAACUGGCGGUCAAACCACAUCAUGACCGACCACGGUCAAGCUCUGUAGAUGCUCUGUUGAUGGUGGUAACUCUCUGUAAACCAGCCCGGCUAGCUAUGUAGUGGUUAAGUAGCUUCAUAGCUUUGCUUUGCGGUUCGUUUGAGUCAUGCAAAUAAGAAGAUUGCAAAUUAGUCAUUUUGCUAUUGUUGUUUUAUCAAAUCUAUAAAAACAUGAUUUAUCAUAUGUGCUUUUGUUGAUGUGAGUCAUUAAAGUUUCAUUCAUUGUACAGGUCAUUUGAAGUCCAGUUUUAACAUGAAUGUCUGUGAAUUUCAAAGGCACUUACAGUUUUUAAAAAAUCUGUCCAUGCAUGGUUUUAUGUGACAGUAAUUAUAUUAUUCUAAGAUUCAAUAAAAACAAAACUGUUACUCUCCUAGAUUAGAAAGCAUACGUCAAACCAUAAAAUGUAUUGACUAAGGGUUUAAAAAUGAGAUGUGUUAAGUUAUCUGUUUUAGUUUAACAUUAUAUUCCCCCAGGUUGUGUUUUGCACUUUAUUUAUACCUGAAGAUUAAAUCAUUUACAAUUUGGUGUGCAUUUGGUGUGCACAUAAAAAACAGAAUCCUGAUUUGAUCAUUAAGAAUUGCACCUUACAUGUUAGUGAUUUUAUACGUGCAACUCUGAAUGCCCUUGUUUGAAUUGUUUUUUUCUAAAUCAUUGUCUCAGAGUUGCAUCAUUUACAUCUAUGCUUCCUUUUAAAAAAACAGCUAAACAAAAUGAUGCCAACAACAACUAAUGUGAAUAUAUUUUCCUAUGCUGACUGUAAUAAAUGUUGUUAAAGGGUAAUUGGAGA